UCGAACAAAAGGUAAUGUCUUAAUCAUGGCGAGUACAAAAGACAUAAUAGUGCACAAAUGUAAUUCUUUAUAACUGUUUUUCUAUAAUUCAAAGAAUUAUACAAGUUCAAUAGAAUAUUAAAUUGAUCAUCCUAUUAUCCAUUAUAACCAAUAUUAAUCAUGGAAAAACAAAAAAGUCGCCAGAAGAAAAAGAAAGACAAAAUGAUACCGCCCAGUCUGGAACAACAAAUUCCGGAUGCUCCAACUUUAGAAGAAUUUGAGUGUCUUUUUGGAGAAUCUCCCACUAAUUAUCCUAAGGGUGAAUGUGUUGAAAAUAUGGAAAGUGAGUUACAUUCUGCUGCUAUUGAUACAGAAAUUUAUGAAAAGGAAGCUGCUGAAAAAGCUGCUUAUGAGAUGGAAUGUAAUUUGUCUAUUGAAACUACCGAGAUAUGUUCAGAACCAAGUAUUUCCCAUGACGAAGUUGAUGGUAAACAUCUUGCAACCCCAAUGCAGCAUAAAGAUCCUUUAGAAGGAAAAGUAGAAGAAGUCAGAAUAGUAGUUUCAGAAAUUCGUUUGAUAGAUGUUCUUCCAACAGCUCCUGCUGCUGAAAAUCAAGAAGUAACAUCAACGUCAGAAGAGACAACAUCUUUAUUUAAUACUAAUUCAGAUAAAGUUUUAAUCAAAGAAGAGCAGAUAAAAAAUGAAUUAGAAGUAUCUACAGAUAAAACAAAUGCAGUACAUGCUAUCACUAAUGAUAUUAAACCAUUUACAGAAAAUCAGUUAGCAUCUCUUUACAAUAAUCAAGAAUUAUCAUUAGUUGAUGCCUUUAUUACAGAAUUUACAGAGAUUCAAUUGAGAAGUCAUGCAAUUAAGCAACAACAUAAACUCUAUGAACUCCUUAUGAACUAUCUUCGUGUUAGAAAUCAUUUGAUAGUCAAUUCGCAUGAAUUAGAAAGAUUAAAAGAAAAUUGUAGAGAAACACAAAAACAAUUAUGGUGUCUAGAUAAAGCUUCUAUAACAGAAACUGGAGAGUGUCAAGAUGGAAACCCUGUUAGUGCAAUUCACGAAUAUUCUAUUGCUCAUUUCAAUCAACAAGCACUACUUAGCUUGUCACGAAAUUUAUCAGCAAUCAAAGAUAUAUUAUACAAUAUCCAAGCAUUAUACUGUUAUGAAGCAGAAGUAUUAAGAUUGCAAAUUGAUCAUUAUAUCCAAAGAGUUUGUAUUUUUUGUAAAGAAUUUACAAACCUACCACCAGAUGCACCGGUAAAUUUAAUGCCAGUACAAACACCAUCACAAACAAUACCACAGUUGGUUGAACUUAGAAUGUGUAUUACAAUAUUAUUUACUUUUCAAAGAAAAGUUUUAAAAGAUGGAAAGUUUGUUACCGAUGUCAGAGAUUGGCUUUCAAAAUUAAUAGCAGUUCUUUUAAGAGUAGCAACUUGGCAAGAUCAUUUAUUUUUAUUAAAUCAUGUACUAAGAUGUCCUGGAGGUGUUAUGAAUUGGGCACGUAGUUAUAUUCAGAUUCCAUUGCCACCACCAAAUGUAAUCGAAGUAUCUACAUCUCCAUUAAAUGAUCCAUAUCUUGAUCAUAUGAUAGCUACAUUAGCUGUUAUUUUACUUCCAAUUAAAGAUCGUGACAAGUUUCUAGAACAGGUACAAAUAUCACUGCAAGAUACAGCAAGUAGCCCAGGUGAUACAAUCUGGGUUAUGUUAGAUGAAGAAGGUGAAGAAGAUGAAGAUAUUGCUAACUUUGGUGCAAAUUUAUUCGAAAGUGAUCUUAUUUCUCUUUUGCAUCAAAUUCCGUUCAAUAAAUUAUUUGAACAGAUCCUUUUUAUACAAUAUCAAGAUGAUAAAUAUUAUCAAAAUAAGAAUUUAAUUACUGAUCACCAUAUGAUACGAGUAUUUGCUUUUUCUACUAUUAUUGUUAAGCUUCUAAAUAAAGGUUUGAAAACAUAUGAUUCUCCACGAUAUAGACAAUUAGCUAAAAGACUAAGUGCAUUAAUCAGAGACAUAGUUCAAUAUGUCACCGAUCAGUGGGAAGUAUUUGAUAAGAGUCAAGUUACAGACGCAUCAAUGUUAUUGAAGUUACAAACUGAAUAUGAUAGCUUUUUGUUAAAAGCAACUCUCUCUAUAUUUUCCUCUCGACGAUUAGGAGCAUGGCAAUAUCUAGCAUCUAUUCCAUAUCAUAUUGUAUCAUUAACUACAUUAUGGCAAAUAUUUUAUACUUUACAUACUGACUCUACAUCAGCAGAUCUAUGUAUGUCUACUGUGACUAUAACAGAAUGGGAAACAGAAUUAAAUUAUUCUAAUCUUCGAAAACAAUUUGAAGAAAAAUUAAGCAAUAUGCCAGGAGAUGAAUCAUAUUUUUUAUUGACAACAUUUGCAAACAUGGCUAUGGCAAGAUCUUUUACAGAUUAUGAUUUUGUAAGAGCUGCUACAAUUGAUUUAUUUCAAAUAGGAUUUCUUAGUGAAAAAACACAAGAAUCUUGUUCAAAAGAUGCCAGAUCACUAUUAUCUAAUUUAACAAAUAAGCAUCCUACACUUCUCUCAAACAUAAUACUAAAAUUGCGGGAUAAUUUCGGUUCAGUUGGAAAGUUAAGCCUAUAUUUGUUCACUGAAUUAAAAAUGGAUAAAUGGAUCCCACAAGAACAAGAUUUUCAAGUUCUUUCAUUUUGGUUACAUCAACAUUCAUUAGCAUCAACUGAAAGUCACUUAGCUCGUUUAGUUCUUACUCAUCUCAAUUGGGGACUCGAAGGAAAUAAUUUAUAUCUUCCUAUUGGAAUACAUCAUCGCGUGGCACUUUUAAUUGUCGAGCUUGUUAUGAAAUAUGUGCCAGAUUCUCCUACACAAACUGCUUCUUUAUUAGCAGAAGGAGUUAAACAGGUAUCAUCCAUUGUCAGACCUCAAAAUAGUGAACAAGCAUUUAGUUUAUGGGCAUGGGAAAUGCUAUCACGUUUGAGAUUACAUCAACUUGAUCAAUCUGAUGCACUUUCUCAACAUGCAAUAUCAAACCCUACGAUAGCAUUUUCUUAUUUACCAGAUAUGGAUUCUGACCCAUCCUUGGAAAUUUUGAAUACAGGAGUAAGAGAAAAGCAACCAAUUGCAUGUUAUGUGUCAGUAAUUAUGACAUUGUGGGGCCAUUCUAUACCCUUAAUUUGUUCUAAAGGGUUCAAUCAAUUACAAACAUUACAGUGCUAUUAUAAAUAUGAACAAGUGCUGAUAGCUUUGCACCACAUUGUGCCAUUAUUUGUUGAUUGCCCUGAUUCAUUAUUCAAAAAUGAUAAAUUUAUAAGUCUUAUUAUUACAUUAGUUACGGCUGAUAGAACAUAUAUGAAAAUGGCCAAGAAUCUCAUUGCACCUGAAUUUCCUGGGCCAUUACUGAAACAAUUUUCCAGUAUGAUAGAUUCCCAUUUAUACAAGUAUAAAAGAUAUUGCUUACAUAGUCCUGCGAAGUUAAUGUAUUUGUGGUUAAAUGUACUUAUACUUGUACCAGAUUGGAACAAAGACCAAAAUGUUUUACAUUUAAUGGAUACAAUAAUUCGGGCAGUAUUUUUUCAUUUAGAUACGAGAUCAAUCAUGGAAAGCAUGUUUCAAAGUUUAUAUUCACUUGCAUUAAAAGGAAACAAUGAGAAUAUAGCAACAAAUCGAAAUCCAGGAUCAUUGGGCUCUUUUUUAAGCUGGGCAACUGGUUCUACUAAUUCCUUAAGCCUUUUGGGUGGAUCGACACAAUCAAUAUGGGUUGCAUAUCAAGUUUUAUUAACUGAACAGUAUGAAAGAGAAAUAAAAACAGGAUUAUGGCGUGAAAUUCUAAAAGAAUUGUCAUUACAAGCUAAAAUAUCAUUAGACACUGCACUAAAGCGAGCCUGUGCUACAGUAAAGAUGCAAGCUUUUAAUGUUAAUGGAUUAGCUAUAUAUCGUUGGUCACAACAAGCACUUAAUACUCCAAUUGAACAUCCUAUUCUUUCUCUUCUGUGGCAAAACUUCUUCACUCUAUUUUUAGCAAGAGUUCCUUCAACUCCAGGAGGUACUGAUCAAGGUGGAGUGGGUGAAAAAUUUUUUGAAGGGAUGAUUAAUUUAAAUUAUUUAAAGAAACUAAAAAAACGAUUACAUGAAAUAACUGAAUAUUUUCAACUAAAAGGAGAAAAAGGUAUUGAUAAUGGAAAACCAAUUACAGAUCAAAGAAGAAUAUUUUAUUUUAACUCUGCUAAAUUUUAUAAGACUUUAAAUUUGUGGUUAGAAGAACCAAGAUUACAAGAAUCAGGUCUUUACAUUCCAGCUUUACCACCGCAAUAUAUGUCGCAAAAACUAAUAGUACUCAUGCAGGGUGAUCAAAAUCCAUGGUUUGAGUAUGUUGAUUAUUGGUCAGCUCAACAAAGUCAAUUAGAAGCUGUACAGGAGUGGGAACAGAUUUGUUUCCGGGAUUUGGAUAAUCAGUAUCAGAAAUCAACUUUUGUACCACCUAUUUUAUUAGAAAUUGCCGAUCCAUUGGAAAGAAUUUUUAAAAGAUUGGAUACAUAUGAACAUCCAGUUUCACCGCCAUUAUUAAGUUCAAACAAUAACCUUUUCACUUCUGUAUCCAGAGAAAAUUUAUAUGCUCCAGAAACAGUUGUAACAUUAAUUAAACCACAUCUUAAAAUAAUUUUAGAUUAUGCACAAACUUAUAAUUUGUUGGUUUCUGAGCAUACAGCUAUUGAUUGUAGUUUUUUGGAAUUAAUACCUACACUUUAUCGAGAAAUUGAAAAUUAUGUAACAUUACAUGCCCUAUGUGAUCCUGCACCAGUACAUCAAAAACGUCCUAGGUCAGGUGUACCACCGAUUGUUCACUGUGCUGGUGCCGCAGUGAUUAGAAUUAAGGUUUCUGAGGCUCAUGUUAGUGAUGGUGUUGAUCAUAUGAUAUCACAAAACAGAGCAGAAUAUGAAAAUUUAUUAGUAAAAGCAAGUCAACCACCACCUAGUAAAAUUACUCAGGGUUGUGUUUUUAUGGAUCAUUUAAUUACUAUGCUUGAACACGAAUUAGGUGUGAGUCGAAUUAACGAAAAUACUGCAGUAUUACAAAAAGUUCAAAAAAGUGGAGUGCAGUUAUUUUAUCAUUUGGUGGAAUUUUAUACAGAAGAAGCAGCAUUGUGUCCACCAACUAAGCAACUUAUUACAACUUGUUUAGAAAAACUUGGUCAGUUAUUUAUUAGUGGAGAAGAAAGUCAAGGUCCACAAUUACUAAAAACAAUUAUGCAAAGACCAAAUCUUGGUGGAUUGCUUGGUCCCCAUUUUACUCCUGUUGCUGGUGGUGCAUCAACAUUUUUACAAAUGUAUCAAACAGUUGUUGAAUUAUCUACUGGGAUGAAUGUUGAUUUAUGUUUUGUAUUACUUUCUAAGUUUGACGUUGCGAGUUGGCUAAAUUACAGAAGACCAAGAUUAAGCGAACGAUCAACCUUUAUAGAUUUAAUUUCUAGAGCUCUAUCUAACAUUGGACUUAAUCCGGAAGAAGAAAAACUUAUAUUACAUGAGUUAUUUCGCAAUCAUUUGCGACUUAUUCUUCUACAUGAAUUUCCUGAACACUAUGGUGAAGUUCUUAGUACCAUAUUAAAGGGGAGUGAAAGUCAAACUUUGUCCUUAGAUGUUUGGCGUGAUUUAUUAGGUACUCUAAGUGGAAAAUCGAAAAGUGCAGUUGCAAUACAUUUGUCAAAAAUUAGGGAUGAAAUACGUCAUUAUGCAACAGAGCAAAGACUUCUUUCUCGACAGGAGAUGCAUGACACUGCAGUCUUACUUAGUAGACAUUUUAUGAAAGAACGUUUGCAAUAUGGUCUUUAUGGAUUAUAUCCAAAAUAUAGAGUUUAUAAUGAUCCAUUAACAGUAUUUUUGGGUAUGGUAGGACAUGCUCUUGUUGUAUUAACACUUCAAUCUGAUAGAGGUUCUUUGGCAGAUCAAUUAUGUGAAAAAAUAUGGCCUGCUUUAAGUGAAAUGUAUGCACCUUGGAUUACGCCUUAUUGGACUAGAAACUUAAGAGAACCAACUGCAGCAUGGAUCCAACAACUUACAGAUGAUAGAUCGGUUCUACUGCCAUGGAUUAUUACAGAUGGACCAUAUGCAAAUAGAAUUGUAUCAAUGUUUGUGGAAUGUAUUAGAUUUAUUAUUGACACAAUGCCAGCAUCUAAUAAGAUACUAUCUUUUGUCUGGCAUUUCUAUGUUACUAAUUUUGCUCAUCCUUCAAUCAAAGAUCAUAUAUUGAAUGUUAUACAUGGUAACUUUUUAUCGCUCCCAUGGGAUCGAUUCUGUCCUAGUAUUGGUGAUGUUGAACUCAUGAUUAAAGUAGUCGAUCAGUAUUUACCAGAUAGUCAUCUAUUUCUUGGAAGUGUAUUUACAUGUAUCAAUUGGUCAUCAUGGAUAAAUGAGUCAUUAACAACUUUCCCUUUGGCAAUCGUUGCUAGAAUGCACAUGUGUUUAUUAAAUUUAAUUGUAAAAUUAUCAAAUGAACCAAAUGUAAGACAGAAUGAAAGAGCAAUACAGCUCAUUACACAAGCAGUAACAUUUUCAUGGCAUUUAGUUGAUGCAGCUGCUUAUGAUCAAGUAAUUAAUUGGCAUGUAAUGAGUUGCGAUCCUAGAGUCAUUCUUUCUCUAGACUGUGAGCAAAUUCAUCCUAUAGAUAUAGCUUUAAAUAAUUUAUUAAAGGUAGUUGCAGCUUAUGAUCCCAGUGUAGCAUAUUAUCACCCAACUACAUUAAAAAAAAGACAGAUAUACGUACGCUCUUCAGUGAAAUUAUUAAUCAAUUGCACAACUAGAUAUAAAUCACUUUUAUCUACAAAUUCUAAAGCUUUUACAAGUACGUUAUCUCGUAUGUUAGAUGAAAUGGAAGCUGUUAUUGAUACUGUUUCAGAAGCACAACAAAUUCCAGAAGCAGGUUUAUUAGUAACUGAAUUUCUUCAUUCUAUAAACCAAAGUGGACCAUUAGUUGAUUAUCUUCGAACUAGUUGGACAACUUGGUUAUUGCAAAGAUCUGCCAGUAGUCCUGUACUUAUGGGUGUACUUAAGGUUAUAGGUAUAGUGAUAGCCAGUUCGUCUACAUUAGGAGAACUUAUGGAAGCUGCUUUGGAAGCUUAUUUUAAAUACACUGUGAUUUCUGAAGAUGAUAGGCCAACAUGGGCUGCAGUUUUAACAAUUUUACAACCUGUAGUACCACGACAACCUCCUUUGGAAUCAAUAUUAGUUUCAGAAGGAAGACUUUUAGCUCUCUAUUCUGUGUUGUUAAAAAGGCUUCCUUCAUGUAGAGAUAUUAGAGAAGAAGGUAUGCUUCUUAUCAAUUUAGUGGACUGGAUUACUGCUAUCAAGACUACGGAUAUAAUGGAAGAAAAAUUACCAUUAUUAUGGGCAAAAGCAUGUGAAUUAGCAUACAGGCAAUGUCAAUACAGUGAAAAUACUGUAAUAGCUGCUAGAGCUCUAAAAGGAUUAGCACGUGCAUUGCUUGCAAUGGCUGAUGAUGCUGGACAAGGAUGGGGUAUUUUAGGAGCUAUUGGGCUCAGAAAAGGUUCUCAGCUUUCUAUUAGGUGUAAGUUUUUAAGUCGUGCAAUUGGCGUAUAUUGUUUAGCACAACUUCCAGAAUCGAAAUGUGAACAUCAAAUAGUAAGAUUUACUUCUCAUUCCCCUGGCGUGGCACCAUCAAGAUCACCUGAUCCAGAUACUGCAGAAAUUCGACCUAGUGUAGAGGCCAUAAAAGCUAUGCAAAGUCUAGAAGGUCUUUUAGUUAACAAGCAAUAUAUAGAACUUAAAAAUGACGUAGAACGAUCGAUCAGAUUAAUUAGAGAUUCUGCUAAUUCACUACAUAAUGCUGUAGUUGUAAUAGGUGCAUUGACAGGAGAGUUGUAUCAUCAAAGGUAUCUUCAUGUUUUAACAGAAUAAUACAAUAUAUUUGUUCUUGCACAAUUUACUAAUUCUUGCUUAAAAUUCUAAAUGUUUUUUCUUGUAUUGAUAUUUUGCACAUACAUACAUGACAUAAUGAGGCUUGAAUAAUCUAGUCAUUUUACCAAUUGAACAUAUCUUGUGUUACUAUUAGUAAUUAAUUAAAAAUAUUAAUUUAAAAUAUGUUAUAUUUAAAAAUUUACAACAAAUUAAACAAUAUUGUUGUUAUUGUGCAGGGCUGCAUCUAUUGUAUAAGAUUUGUUAAUAUAUCAACAUUUAUGAUUAACAUACAUUAUGUGUAUGAUCUUGAAAUAUUUGUUAUUUCAAUAUUCAUUUCUGUUAGAUCAUCAUGACUAAUAUAGUAAGGCACAUUUAAUAAGUGAUUAAAUUUGUUUAUGAUAUAUCAUGAUUGAUAAGAUAUUUACUUUUAAAUGCAAAUUUCUUGUAAAUUUCAUAAAAAAUGUAAUUUAUUAAAUAUUGUAAAUAUAUUGUGUUUUUAAGAUAAAAAGAAAUUUAAAUACAAUUUGUUAUUUAUACUUGAUCAAUUAGGCAUUAUAUGAGAACAAUUUUUGAUGUAUUUUUUUAUAAAUUAUAUAGAAUUUUGUAUAUUUCGAAGUAACUCUGACGCUUCAUUAGUUGGAUAUUGAACUAAAGAACAUUGAAACAUUUCUUGAAAUACAUUUUGAAAUGUAGGUAAUACAUCUUCGAUUGUUAUAUUUAUAUUAAGUUCUUUACUAAUGCUAGUAACUCCUUUACCUUCGAUGCCACACGGUACAAUAUGAUCAAACCAUGUUAAAUCAGUAUUACAAUUCAAAGCUAAACCAUGUGUAGUAAUGUAGCGACUACCAUGAAUACCAAUCGCACAAAUUUUCUUGUCAUUAACCCAAACUCCUGUAUCUGGAGAAGUUGUUCCUAAUAUAUCAAAUUCAGCACACAGGCGUAUAAUCAUUUGUUCUAUCUGACAAACAUACCACUUAAUGCUAGGUUUAAAUUGUUUUAAAUUUAAAAUAGGAUAUGCUACUAAUUGUCCUGGUCCAUGAAACGUUAUAAGACCACCUCUAUCUGUUUUAAAAAAUUCUGCACCAAGAUUUCUUAACUUCUUUUCAUCUUCUUCUGUAUAGUUUUUAUUCCGAAUUCCUAUAGUGUAUACUGGAUCAUGUUCAACAAGUAAUAAUGUAUUACACGUUUCAUUAUUUAAUUGCUUAAAAUGUAAAUCGGAAAGUAUUUUUUGAAGUUUUACACUAGGACCAUAUCUCAAUUUUCCUAUUCGUAAUACUUUAACAAUAUUAGUUUGCAUUAUGUGAUUCUAUUCAAUUGGACUUAAUUUAUGUUCUAAAUUUUAUCCAUACAUAUCCUUCAAUAAGGUUUUGUUAUUUUUUUCAUUGCUUAACUUGCCAAUAUUUCUUUUUCAUAAAACUUCUCUUGAAUUGUUAAAUAAGUAAGUAAUGAUACCUAUAAAUAGUAAUGAGUUACAUCUUUAAAGGUUGCAUAAAUAAAAAUUUUUAUAUAUAAGAAAAAAUAUAAAAAUUGAAGUAAUAAAAAUAAUAGUUUUAUACAUACAUAAGCAUCUGUUGCUGCAUAUAUUUUUUGUGCUUUGCUCAAAGGUUGAAUAUGCCAUUUACUUUUUCUUACUUCAGGAUUUUUACAAAUUUUCUUUUUCAGCUAAAAAAAUUUAUUAUCCAUAAAUAAUAAUAAUAAUAAUAAUAAUAAUAAUAAUAAUAAUAAUAAUAAUAAUAAUAAUAAUAAUAAUAAAUAUAUAUGCUCUUGUAAAACUAACCAAAUAAGCAGUCAAUUUCUCUAAACUCCAACGACAAGAACGAUUUAGAACCCUAUUUGCAUAUGUACCACAAUCAAUACAAUUUUCCUUAACAACUUUUCCUGCUGGGAAAUGUGUAAAAUCUCUACCAAGUUUCCAAACAUCGCUGUAACAAAUUUAUAUCAUACAUUAAAAAAUAUUUAAUAUAAUAAUUAGUAAUUAUCUAAGAGAUCUUAACUUACUUCUUAACAUUAACACCUACAAGCUUUACUUUUGGAUGGCUCAAGAGUAUAACAAAAGCUGCUGGUAACUUAUCUAAAUAAUAUAUAUGCAAGAGAUGACAAACAGAUUUAUUAAGACAAAUUUGUGCUAAUGCAGUUUUUCCACUUCCUGUUUGAAAACUAAAUGGCCAUUCUAAAUCAAAACCUAUUGGUACAAUAUCAUCUUUAUGGUUUUCAACCUGCUGUCUAAUAGAAUGUUUAGUUCUUUAAUUUAUAACACAAAUAUAAUCAAUAAUUAUUUUAAAAAAAUAUAUAAAAGCUUAGCUCUUACAUAAUAUCGUCACAAAUCUUGGCACAAUCAUAAAAAUUAUUAGCAUAAUUAAUUUUUCCUUUAAACACAAUUGAUGAUAAAGACUGAAUAUCAGGUUCUUUUUCUAUAGUCAAUUCUUUUUCUACUUUUUCCUAACAAAAUACGUUUAAAAUAAUAUUUUAAGAACAUUAUUUAUAAAUUAUUAAAAUACAAAAAAUCAUAUACCUCGUGACUAGCAGGAAGAAAUCUUGGUGAUCUUCUUAAAAUCUUUUCUUCAGUCAAAACUUCAUUCUACAAAAAAAUACAAUAUG